UCUGAGCGAGGCUACACCCUCUGCGUUGGGUCAGUCACUCCGAACGACGGCCAGUCAGUCGUAUCUUCGUCUGCUUCUAACAUGGCGCGCGAGUCGUCCACGAAGCCCGCGGUGCUGGCUUACUGGAGCAUUCGUGCUAUUGGUCAGCCCAUUCGUUACUUGCUGGAGUACAUCGGUGAGCCUUACGAGAAUAAGACGUACGAUUUUAUCGACGACGUGCCGGGCGACGAGUGCAAGACGUUAUGGAGGAAAGAGAGAGAGGAAUUGAGAAAGCAGGGCUUACCCUUUCCCAACCUGCCCUACUAUGUGGAUGGAAAAGUGAAUCUAACCCAGAGUUUGGCCAUCAUGCGCUAUCUCGGCCGCACGCAUGGGCUGUACGCAAAGACCCACGAAGAGGAGACCCAACAAGAUAUGCUCGAAGGACAGGUCAACGACUUUAGGUGGAGCUUGAUCCAUCACUGCAAAGCGGAUACGUACGAAUCCCUGCGCUGGAAUUACCCCGAAGUGAUGCACGGACAACUGAAGCUCUUCUCCGACUACUUGGGGACGAAAAAAUGGCUCCUCGGAGAGCAACUAUGCUACGUGGACUUUAUGCUGUACGAAGCCCUCGAUCAGCACAACCUCUUCAGACCUAAAUGUCUGGACGAGUUCUCGAACCUGAAGGCGUACCACGAAAGGUUUCGAAGCCUCCCGGCUAUUCUCGCUUACCUGAGGUCGGAGAGAUUUAAGGAAUGGCCCGUCUUUGGCGCUCCUGCCAAGCGGUGGGGCUGGAAAAAGGAAACGUCAGCUGUUAAAGCUUCAUAGAACAGAAGUAACGCAAGACACAAAAUAAAGAUUCUUAUCGAAACGUUGUGUUGUUCUUCUAAAUGGUAUAGAACUUGAAGUAGUGGUGGCGCUUCGUACCAUGUCAAAUAAACGUGAAAUAAUUUUU